AUGGCGCAGCAGAAGCAGCAGUCACCAGAUAUACUUCAGCUGCCACAGUGUCACCUGGAGGAAAUACUCCUUGAAGUGGUCCUGCAGGACGGCAGUGGAGCUCUCCUGACCUUGGCCCUGCUGUGCUCACACUUCAGAAAUGUAGUUGAUGCUGACAAUGUCAGGGGGCGAGCACAUUUUAAGUGGCUUGAUAGUGUUUCUAGCUGGAGUCCAUGUUCAGCAGACUACCAGAAAGUGCUCUACACAAUGUGCACCCUGGAGACCUGUUUGCAGUGUGGAGAGGUCUACAGAAACUGCACACCGGGUGGUUACAGCAGCAGUGGCAACGGUUAUGAUUUCAGAAUCACCAUCAGUAACAUCCAGACAGAGGACACAGGAGUUUACUACUCCUGGUACUACCAACAACCAGGAACAGUCCCCAAAGCCUUGACUGGCACAGGGACCACUCUCCUGGCAGGAAGUCCCUCUCGGUUCAGCGCCGGCGGAUCUGGGAGUGACUUCACCAUGACCGUCACAGCAGUCCAGGCUGAGGACGCAGGGAUUUCCUACUGUCAGAGUGAUCAGGCUCUAUCACUGUGGAUCACUUUUGGUGGCGGCACUGAGGUCAUCGUCUCAUCGGGGGUCUCAGUCAAACCCACCCUCUCCCUGCUCCCCCCCUCUUCUGAGGAGUUGUCCAAGGGCUCGGCCACGCUGUCCUGUCUGCUGAGCAGCUACUCCCCAAAAGGAGCGCUGGUGACUUGGCAGAAGGAUGGGAGGGAGGUGACGGCGGGCGUCCUGACGGGACAAGAGGUGUGGAGCAGCACUGGGUACAGCCGCAGCAGCAUCCUGACCCUCAGCAAAGCCAGCUGGGAUGAAGGAGACCUCUACACCUGCUUGGUGGCCCACGGUGGCCGCAGGCAGUCCACCGAGCUCAGGAGGACACAGUGCAGCGGCUAGAGAAACGCCCCCUACUGGCUGGAAGCAACCUUCCCUCAAAUGCAUGGGUUUAUAAAAAGAGAUGAAUAAAAAUGAGGCAGGAAUGUGAACACAAAAGCCCCCUUGCAGUUUCUAACAUGUGUGUGCUUAGGUGUGUUGUAGUUAAGUGUGUAGGGGUGAGUUUGGGGAGAGGGGCACUUUGGUUAAGUUCAUCUGUUGCUUC